UUUUAUGACCUGUAUGAUAUCAUACGGAGCGUCCAUGGUCUAAUAUUGUUACGCGUUUCAUAAGUAAUAUUCUAAAAAUAGUAUUUGAAAAUGAGGAGUUAUUUCUUAAUACAAUUAAAACCUUAGAAUAUCGGUUAAUUUAGAUUGGGUUGUUUUGGAAACAAACUUGACAAAAUGUUUGAAAUAUUAGUGACUUUUUAUUUAACUAUUCACCCUUUCCCAUGUUCAUUGCCUGGCUGAGAAGUUAAGGAACAUUAGAUGGUGUUCGCAGCGCGUUUUGUAGUAUGCACGCUCUGUUCUCAGGGACACUGAAAAAUAAAGGUCAAAGUGGAAGGGUACUCUGUUAUAUCAAUAUGGCUUCUAGUAUCAGCAGUAAGCAUGGUUUUCUGUCACUCAAAAGUUCCGUAUUUUCAUGUCAGAAAAAGAUUUUACCCCAUAUUGUGUACGUACAGAGAACUGCAGAAGUUAAUUGUUUUAGAGCGUCAACAAAUGCGAGCACUGAAUACCAGCACAACGAAAAGUACUGUAUUGAUAUGGUGAGCGUUUAGGUACUCAUCACCUUAUGCUGCACUAGCUGGUAACCCUUGAUAUUAGGCUACACAAAACGAACAGCCUACUGCUUAGAACGACUCGGGACUAUGAUGGAUUCGUCAGCUCUCUGCUUCUUCCAGAUGCCUCGCGCCGCUCCUCCUUGGCAUUGAGAGCCUUCAAUGUGGAACUGGCCCAGGCAGGUAAAGGACUCCAUUUCCCAGAAGACAAUAGGCCUGAUGCGGAUGCAGUUCUGGAAGACCGCUGUGGAUGACAUUUACAGAGAUGUACCCCCAUCCCAGCCAGUCAGUGCUGAACUCUGGAGGGCCGUAAAGAAGCACAGAUUGACAAAAAGAUGGCUUUUGAGAAUCAUCAAUGAAAGAGAGAAAGACAUGGAGGACAGACCGUACAGGAACCUUCAGGAGCUGGAGGCCUAUUCUGAGAACACUCAGUCCUCUCUGCUUUAUCUCCUCCUGGAAUGUUUAGGUGUCACAGACGUCCACGCGGAUCACGCCGCCAGCCACAUCGGGAAGGCCCAGGGCAUCGUCACGUGCCUGAGAGCCGCCCCUUUCCACAGCCGGCGGCGCAAGGUCUACCUCCCCAUGGACAUCUGCAUGCUGCACGGUGCAUCGCAAGAGGACUUCAUUCGAGGGAGCCGGGAGCAGAAUGUGAGGGACGUGGUUUAUGACAUCGCCAGCCAAGCCCACAUACAUCUGCAGCAUGCGCGGUCUUUUAGCAACACUGUGCCGGCAGAGGCCAUGUUGGCCUUCCUGGUGACGGUUGUUCUGGAGGACUACCUGCAGCGGGUGAGGAAGGUAGACUUUGACAUCUUCCAUCCGAGUUUACAGAAGAGAAACCCUUUACUUCCAAUCCAGCUGUACCUCCGGUCGUGGAAGAAGACAUACUGACCGUCCGGAUUAGCGCUAGUUUUGCUGCCAUUGUACUUAAUCCCUUUUCAGAUUUUCCUAUGCUGUACAUGUCACGGCGAGCCGUUGAAGACUUGCCGUAUUAAAUCCUUUGUGUAUACCGACAGUUCCUCCUUUGCUGACCAUGGAAUUUUGAAUCCCCCACUGUGGAACAUCACUUUUAGAUUUAGUGUUGAAAGCAUCCAGUGUCCAGCAAAAUGAAGAGAAAUCUGCUAUCUGGACUGAUGGCUGAUGAUAGGCUGAUAUUCUUAAGGUCAAGACAUUUAAAGAGAACUGUAAAAAAAUAUUUUGUUCUGUGUCAGCUGUGCGCUUUUCUUCAUUUUGUGCAGAAUAUCAGUCGCACACUCAGUUCCUUCUUGCUGUGUUUUAUUGACCAGCGUUCCAGGGGUGGUCUAUUUAUUGGUUUGUUGGUGUGGGAAAGGGUACGUUGAACAAACAAAAUGUUGGCUUAAACAGAAUUGCCGAACACCAUAGUGCAAUUAGAAGAAAAGAUGUAACUUCCCCUGUUGCUGUCCAUUUCAUGGAAGCAAAUCACUUGAUUUCGUCACUGAGAUAUACAGGCAAUGAACAAGUGUCUCUCUCUAGGAGAGGAGGAGAUCUUGAACAUCUUUUAAUGCAAAAUAAGCAUACUAGGUUUUGGAAUUAAAUACACUGGCCACUUGUGGUUUGCACAGGAUGUUCCUAUAACAUUGUUUGUGUAUCUGUGUUUUCUUUUUUGUUUUGUUUUUUUGUGAACAAUUUUUUAUUGUUUUUCAAACACCCUAACCCCUCCUGAUCCCUGGAACUGGAAGAGACGGUUUACCGAAGUCAACAGUCCAUUGCUUGCAACCUGACAACAGCGUCUGCAGCUAUAUUCCAAGCUGUGAUUGUGUUACAUUGAGCUCUACGAAAUGUCGCCGUAGAUUUUUCAAGGAGAACAAUAUCAUAAAAAUAACCCAGCCAUA